CCGCGUCAUAUGAAUUUUAACCUGUAAAGGGGGGGUGGUAUCAACGUUAGGCAAACAUUCAUAAAGGUUUUACUUAAAUUAAUGUAUAAUUAUUAAUUGUUUUGCAAUGGCAGAAAAAAGGAAAGCUGAAGAUACGGCAUUGGCGCCUGUUUCCCCAAAGAAAAUCCGCAAUGAUGUGGCUGUUUUGAGGAAAAAUUAUCAAGUUGCAGCCAGUAAUGUACCACGUACAUCGAACCUAUUCGCACCUAUAAUGCUCUUGCAAGGCCAUGAGGGUGAAGUAUUCACUCUGGAUUUCCAUCCAGAAGGACAAUAUUUAGCAUCAUCUGGUUUCGAUAGAAAAUUAUUCUUGUGGUCUGUCUACGGUGAAUGUGAGAAUGUGAAUGUAUAUGCAGGACACAGUGGGGCUGUAACACAAGUCAAAUUCUCAUUAGAUGGCAAUAAUCUUCUCAGUGCGAGCACAGAUACCACACUAGGUUUGUGGGAUUUAGUCGCAGGGCAGAGAAUAAGAAAGUAUAAAGGCCACACGAGUUUUGUAAACGCAUUGAGCGUGACACGCCGUGGACCACAGAUAAUCUGUUCAGGCAGUGAUGAUUAUACAGUCAAGCUGUGGGAUGUCAGGAAGAAACUCCCUACGGCAUCAAUGGAUUCGAGUUUCCAAGUCACAGCUGUGAGUUUCAACGGCACAGGUGAUCAAAUCUUCAGCGGUGGUAUUGAUAAUGAUAUCAAAGUAUGGGACACGCGGAAGAACGAAGUGUUGUACUCGAUGAAGGGCCAUUUGGACACAAUCACCGGGCUGACAUUAAGCCCGGAUGGUGCGUAUUUAUUGUCGAAUUCCAUGGAUAACACGCUGAGGAUCUGGGAUGUACGGCCGUAUGCACCACAUGAACGCUGUGUGAAAGUUCUGCAGGGCCAACAGCAUAAUUUCGAGAAGAAUCUCAUCCGAUGCAACUGGUCACCGGAUGGCUCGAAGGUGAUUUCCGGCUCAGCGGAUAGAUUCGUCUACGUUUGGGAUGUGCAAGCGCGCAGGGUGUUGUACAAGUUACCUGGACACAAUGGUUGUGUGAAUGAUGUUGCUUUCCAUCCGUAUGAACCGAUUAUCGUGUCUGGUUCCAGCGAUAAACAUAUUUAUAUCGGGGAGAUUGAUCCCUAGACUUUGAUUGAUUUGAUAUUUGUGUUUUUUCCAAACUUUUUACUUACUAAAUCAUGUCUUGUGUUGAUUGCGAUAAAAUUUACGACUUUUGAUGUUAAA